CAUGGCUGCCUCCAGCGGACCUGUCAGCUUAUCCUGCGUAGGCCACCGAGGGAGAGAUUCACUUCUCUUCCUUCAACUCCAAAUUGCUUCCGAAUCGUACACAGCCUCCUCGAGCUCGCGAGUACACCAUGGCUACUAAGCUCCGACCAAUCCAAACCAUCGCGGCUCUCACAGCCCGCCGCUCUCUCUCCACGACCCAUCGCUACGCCUCCGCCUCCUCCAGCCCUCAGAUAUUCCGCGAUGUCCCACCCCUCCGCACCUAUCGCCGUUCCCUCCUCCUCUCCAACCGCACCGUCGGUCUGGUUCCAACCAUGGGUGCCCUCCAUGAUGGUCACCUGAGCCUCGCCCGUCUCGCUGCCGUCGAGAACACCGACGUGUUCAUAAGCAUCUACGUCAAUCCCACCCAAUUCGGCCUCAACGAAGACCUCUCCUCGUACCCUAAAACAUGGGAGGCCGAUCUCGUAGCCCUCGAGACCCUCGACGCUGAGCUUGCAGCAACUCCUGGCGCUGGCCGCAUCUCCGCCGUCUUUGCGCCAACUACAAAGACGAUGUAUCCCACGCUCCCCCCAGACUCGUCCCUUCCUGGAAAAGGCUCCUUCGUGACAAUCACCCCGCUGGCGAACCUGCUAGAAGGCGCGUCCCGCCCGGUCUUUUUCCGUGGCGUCGCGACUAUCUGCCUGAAGCUUUUCAACAUCUGUACGCCGGAGCGCGUGUACUUCGGCCAGAAGGAUGUCCAGCAGACCGCGGUAAUACGGCGACUAGCCAAGGAUUUCCACGUGGACACGACGGUGCGCGUUGGUCCGACGCAGCGCGAGGAAAGCGGGCUCGCAAUGAGCUCGAGGAAUAUAUAUCUGGGAACAAGGCGGAGGAAUGUGGCGCGAGUGCUGUCCCAGGCACUGAGGAGGGCCGAGGCGCAGUAUCUGGCAGGCAAGAGAACUAGAGGGGACAUUUUGUGGCCUGCGACGGCCCAUGCAGAUGAGGUCGCUGCUGCCCAGGAGGAAUUGGAUCCCGGAGCUCGGGCGAAGUUCGAAGUUGACUACAUAUCAUUGGCAGAUCCGGAAACAAUGGAGGAGGUAGAGGUUGUGGAUCCGGCAAGGGGGGCUAUAUUGAGCACGGCUAUGAAAAUGCUGCCGCUUGAGGAGGUCGCCGAAGGUGAGCAGUUGGGGGCUGGGGAUGAUAAAAUCCCCGUGAGGUUGAUUGACAAUGUUAUUUUAGAGCCGGCAGAGUGAGUUCCUCUACUCUUUCGCAAAAUCUCAUCAUAAAUCUAUGCACACACUUGCCUGCCGCUAUUUCAAGGCCUUUGGUAUAUUCUCAGGUGACUUUACGAGGUGGAAAGUCAUAAUAUUGGGUUAUGGCUGUACUCGCUGGGCCACCUCAGACAAUAGUAUCUAGAUGCUGUCUGUUUGCUACAUCCUUAGUAGCUUUGGGAGUGCUUUAGAUCUUUCCAAAACUUGUCAAUCAGACGUCAUAUCUUAGGCAUAUCAAAUUAAAACCGAACAAUACACUUUCUAUCAUUGCAUUUUUUUGAUGCGAAGAGGCCUC